GGUUAUGAGGAUCUAGGUUAGGUACUACGAAGGUGCUUACCUAAUUAUACCUCUACACUGGAAGACAAUAUCUACCGGCGUAGGGGAAAGAUGCUUAUUGGAAUUUGUGGCGCAAAAUGUGCCGGUAAGAGCACGGUAGCUCAGUACCUAAUAGAUCAUCAUGGCUUCACGAAGUUACACUUGAAUAUAACAGAACCUCCAAGCAAUGCCUUCUCGGGUACGUCUGAGUCUGAGACAGAAUCAGCCGCCCCUGAUGUCGCAGAGAAAAGAUUUCCUCAACAUCUGAAGCGGACAGCUGCACCUUAUACUUUUUCAGCGACGACGGAACUUCUAGACUUUGUUACCAAAUUUUGGCGCUCUCGAUGGGUAACAACGGAUGUACAUGACGAGACCGUCCUUGAGAAUCUUAGCAGGCGACCAUUCUUUAUCUUAAUCAGUGUCGAUGCGCCACUGACUGUGCGCUGGCAGCGCUACCAGCGGCGACGCAGCAAGCAGCAAGAAACAGGUCACCAAGACCACAUCACGCUUGAAGAUUUCGUAUCCCAAUCUGACCACCAUCUGUACGACGCUGCUUCUGGCGUCCUGCCGCUCAUGUCACGCGCCGCGAUUCGGCUCCUGAAUACCUCUUCAAAUCUAGCACACUUAUACGCGACGCUGGGUAAACUGGACCUGACGAACCCCGACCGUCUACGCCCCAGCUGGGAUAGUUACUUCAUGUCCUUGGCAUCACUGGCCGCGCAUAGGUGUAAUUGCAUGAAACGCGCCGUAGGGUGCGUGUUGGUGGACUCUAAGCACCACGUCAUCAGCACGGGCUACAACGGCACGCCGAGACAUCUAUUAAACUGCGGAGAGGGCGGGUGCCCCCGAUGCAAUGCGGGAGAGGGCAGCGGGACGUCGCUGUCUACCUGCCUUUGCCUCCAUGCUGAGGAAAAUGCGUUGCUAGAGGCCGGUCGCGAGAGGAUUCGCGAUGGAAGUAUCUUAUAUUGUAAUACGUGUCCUUGCCUGACAUGUAGCAUCAAGAUUGUGCAAGUCGGCAUUAGCGAGGUAGUGUAUAGCCAAGGUUAUAGUAUGGAUACGGAGACAGCUCAAGUCUUUAGAAACGCUGGGAUAAAGUUAAGACAAUUCUCACCGCCAGCGAAUGGGUUAGUACAUCUAGAAAAGAUGGACCUCUACUAGGAAUCUACCGCCAUAACCUACAUAUUACUUUCGUGUUCAUAGAGUAGCAGGGCCAUGAGCCUAGAGCCUCAGUCCCCAAAUUAGACCGACUAGAGAAGGAAAUGAUGAUCACUGCAAAGUUCUGAUGUCUAGACGCGAAGAGUUAUCAAAAGUAAUUGGUAUUAGAGAAAAUUAGAGUAUUUGAAACUCUAUCGAGACUGGCAUCUCUUAACUAGAGAUUGUCGAUAAAUGGCAUGCUAGACAUGUGAAGCGCAACAUGGCUAACGUUCU